UUUUAAUCUGUGAAAAUGGCAGGUUAGCUUUUUUUGACAUAAGCGACAUGCAGGUUUUGUUAUGACUGAUUGGCCAAUGUCGUUUGGAAGUUGAUUGGCUGACCUCAUAUGGAUGUAAAGUGCAUGUUACACUGAUUCUUACUAUGCUGGACUGUAAUUAGAUUACUGUUUGAUAAAAACUUUAUGUAAUCUGCAUUCUUUGAUCGUAUUCAAGAGAUCCUAAUCCAGAAGCUAACUGCUAGUUGAAAUUUGGGCAUGCAUGUAGAUAUGUGCUUCGUUGGUAUUGACGGGAAUGUGAUUUCAACAGACAAGUGGUUGACUUUAUAACAUCUACAAUCUUUUCAUCUUCAAGAAAGCAUUCUGAUCACUAAAUAAUGAGGUUAAAAAAACUCCUGAUGUCAUGGUAAACUUCUUGUUUAUAAAAAAGGAAGCAUGAACAAGACAAUUUAUUUGUAGCUUCAGUGUUUGAUGAUCUACACAAAUCUUUAUAGACUACGUCAUAGGAUUAAAUAUCAUCUUCUUGGUAAAUACACGAACGAAACUCCAGCAUCAUGAGCAGAACAAGCUCGCAGCCAUCAUUGUCUCCGAUCUCGCUAGUAGAUCACAAACAGGAUGAGAAGAAAGGUGGUAAAAAGACAGAAGAUGUGAACUUUAACUUUCAGUCUCUCAAUGUUAACUCCUCUCUGGAAUCUGAUAAACUGAACCAGUCUAGUGAAACAGGAGAAACUCUGAAUCAGUCUACCUCCACAGCUAUUGAUAAGGCUUUGGCUGUGAACGUCAAGAAACCGCGAGAUAUAAGUCCUAUCAGUGAUGGCGACAUUUCAAGGAGUUCUCCUGCUUAUUCGGAGCAAUGGGAGGAAUAUUCAUCCCCUCGGAAAACUGCAAUGUCAAGCCAGAUGGGCCAGUUUACGCAUCGUUCUCGAGAGAGUGGCCGUCUGUCGCCAGUUCUGGAUGAGACAAGCAUUGACAUGAGUGAUCAGCCUUCACAACAGCACAGGUUUAAUGAACCGUUGAAGAUACGUAAGGGACGAAACUUUGUAGAUUUUAAGCCCCCUUCUCCAACUGUCGUGCACGUUCCUAACAGAAGUUUUGCUCAUGGUCGGUGGACAAAUGUAACUGUCCAGAGAAAAAAUGGCCGCUAUGUGGUCAUUGAACAGCGACCAGUCUAUACCCAGUUUACAGACUCGUCAACCGUGAAACGAGGAUAUCAGAAAGAUCUUUUUGGGCCUGAUAAAUCAUGGACAAAGAAAAAAGCUCCAUGGAGCUGGUCAACGAAAGGCAGUUAUAUUGGAAGAUCUGUGAACAGGGGGUUUCAAGAGCCGUACUUGCCACCAAUGAAGGAGAGGUACUCUCAUGUAGCAUCUAGGGUCGGUUCCAUGGAUUAUGCCGACCAUGUCCCUGGGGGCGGGACUCACAAAGUGCCAAGUUUCAAGCUGAAAUGGGAAGCAGAGGCGAAAAUUGGAUCAUUACCACCCCCAACAACUAGGUCUGAGGGAGCGCCUGGCCUGAAACUUCCCAGCAUAUCACCGCGAUAUGGUGCGAGUGCAGAUUCUGAGUCGUUUACGACCAUACAUUACACGCCAGGGGGAAAUGUUGUCUUGCGUAAACAGAGGUACUUGGAUGCUAAGUCCCAGGUGGGGUCAUUAGACAAUGUCAGUUAUUCACCAGGUGGAGGGGAUAUUUCCAUACCCCAAAAGUCCAUCAAGUGGAAGAAGGAAUCAAAAAUUGGUUCUUUAGACAAUAUUACCCAUCUACCAAAGAGCAGUAAUGUUCAAAUAUUCAGUGAUAAACUCAAAUGGAAAACUGAACCAAAAGUUGGUUCCCUUGACAACGCUCAUCAUAUUCCAAGGACGAAAAAGUUCAAAGUUCCGAAUUUCAAACAAGACUGGGGCAAAGCUGUGGCAUCGAGAGUUGACUCAUUAUCUAACGUGGAACACACGCCCAGGGGAGGCAAUGUGCAGAUUAUUGAUGUACCAAAGAAAUGGAAAGGGAAGUCCAAGAUUGACAGUAAAUGGAAGUUUAAUUAUGACUAUAAAAGCUUGUUUGGUGAUGAUUAUGAUGAAGUGGACAGACAGACAUUCAGCAAUGCCAGCAGUUACCCAUACACUGUGUAGAUUGGUGAAAAUUAACAUUUAACACAAUUGUGUUUAUUUUUCAUAUCUCAUUAAUUUGUCUAAAUGAUUUAGCGGAAUAGUGCCAACUGUAUUUAUUACCUUUACAAAUAUUUGCAUAUUUUUUUAUUGAAUAAUUCAAUAAUUUAUUUUUCAUAAUAAAAAUAAAA